AACUUUCUCUGUUUCUCUCAAUUUGUAUCUUUGAAGGAAAUAGUAUCAUCCAAGCUAGGAAGCAAAACAGAAGAAGAGAAAGGAUUAUAUAAUUUCAAACAUCAUCAACAUUUAGAGGAUAAACAAGCGGCACUCGGAAAAUACAUCCUCUCUCUUGUUCUUCUUCGAAUAAUUUCAAUAAUAUCAUCAUCAAGAGCACUUUAAAACUCUCAUCAUCAAUUAUUGUACAAAUAUUAAUAAUAUAUUGGAAAAUGUUUUAUUGGCUGCUUGGAUCGAUACCCUUUGUGGUACUCUUUUCUUUGGCUUAUUACAAACAAAACUUGUUACUCUAUUGUAAUUAUAUGCCAAGAGGACAGGCUAGAAUACUUGAAUACUUACCUUCUAUCUUCAAUCUGCCAUUCGAAGAUAUUUUCCUCGAUACAUUGGACGGACAAGCAAAGAUACAUUGUUGGUUCCUUCGUUAUGUACAACCAAAUAGUGGCGGAAUUGAUGCUGCCUUCCUUCAAAAGAAGUCAAACGAUAAACAUGAUGAAGACGAGGAUGGAAUCUUUUCCUUCCAUCAAAAUCAAACUGUAGGAAUUUCUAAUCAUGCCGAAGAACAUGGAAAGAAGAAGCAAAAGAAGAGUAAUGUUGCCAUGAUGCAAUACAAGAAGCAACUUCAAUAUACUCCAACAAUAAUCAUGUUCCAUGGUAAUGCUGGAAAUAUUUCCCAUCGUUUGACCAAUGCUAGAGAUAUGUAUCAUACUUUAAAGUGUAAUAUUCUCAUGGUUGAAUAUAGAGGAUAUGGUAAGAGUACUGGAGAACCUUCCGAAGAGGGCUUGAAGAAUGAUGCUGAAACAGCAAUUAGAUAUCUUCUUGAGAAGCGAUCGGAUAUCAAUCCAAAUAACAUUUUCAUUUUCGGAAGAAGUUUAGGAGGAGCUGUAUCAAUUUAUUUGGCUUCAAAAUAUGCCAAUGCUAUUCGUGGAGUUAUUGUUGAGAAUACCUUCAUGUCUAUUCCAAAGUUGAUACCAGCCAUUUUCCCAUACAGAUUCAUUUCACCAAUUCUUCAAUUCUUUAGUGUCAAUAAGUGGGAUAAUGAAGCUACAUUGAGAAAUGCUCAAUUCAGAAAUGAUUAUCACAGAAAGAGACUUAAUGGUGAUUUGCCAUUCUUAUUUAUUAGUGGAAGAAAGGAUGAACUCAUUCCAGCCACUCAUAUGGAUACUCUCAUUGAAAUUUAUUGUGAAAGAUUUGGAGAAUAUUGUUAUGUUAAGAGAUUUGAUGAAGGCACUCAUUAUGGAACUUGGUUAUGUCCUGGAUAUUAUGUUAAUUUAUACAAAUUUGUUAAAAAGUUUAGAGUUAAUCCACCAGUUGAACCAACCAAAACAAGAAAGCAUUCUGUAGCUAAGACUCACAGUCUCCCUCAAACAGAACUUCAAAUGUCUGACGAUGUUAUUGAUAAUAUUACUAUUACAUUUGCUGACCCUCAAUCACUCUCUGAUUAUAGUGGUAGUGCUCCAAACAGUGGAUCCAAUAGCAAUUCUAAUAGUGGUGAUAACACUCCUAGAAAGAAGGGUACCUAUCUCUUCAGAUAGAUUAUCUUUUUAAUAUUUGAAAAAAACAAUUUUGAAAAUUUAGGAAAAAAAUGAACAAGAAACGAAAGAUUGAUACAACCUCUUUAUUCGUUCCUAAUAUCUCGGAAAUCAUUGAAACAGUUAAACUAGGUUUGGAAAAUGAAAAUUUUGAUGAUACACUAGAAUAUUUGGAAAAUUUACUUGAUGAAAAUUCCACUCCUCCCGAAUCCAUUAAAAGAUUAUUAUUUCC